AUGGAGCCCCUUCAGCUCUUGCUGAAGAGGGCGCCGUCGGGAUUUCCAACGUUCGCUUCUCUACGUGAUGCUUUCAUUGCUCUUGAUGCGGAGUGGUCAAUUUUCGGCGUUACGUGCGCCAAGGGGAGGCACCAGUCGGCCAGGGACGCGAGUGACAUCUGGCGCAAGAUGUGCCGAGAUGUGUACGACCACGCCAAGAGCGGCGUUAACCCAGAAUCUUUGAACGAGCUGGUGGGUUGCAUCCAACUUGGGCGCGCAGGCGGGGCCGCCUCCGGCAGUCAGGGGCAGCCAGCUCCAAGCAGCGACGCGGCUACGGGUCACAAGUUUGCAGACUUCUCGUCGUCGUCAGAUGUGGAGAUUACAAGCAUCAAGUGUACUUGUCCUGUCUGCGCGGUCCCAGUCCCUGCCGCGAAGGCUGUCGCCCAGCGCAAGGAGACUGAGAACCAAGGUGAUGAUGAAGGUGCACCGCCUAAACGCCGAAUGACUGGCAUGAGGACGGGUGCAGCGACUGCCCGGGGGAUGCGGCGGCCCUCGGCGGCUCCUGACACGGGAAGCAAGCCGCCUGGCAGGGUCGGCAAGAAGCCAGCCAGCGUCGACAAUCGCAACAUCGCGCUGCCAAUCGAUAUCGAGUAUCGGUACACAUCUAAAGUGGGAAAGCCACCUGGGGCCUACAUCUUGCAGAACACUGCGAAGGCCCGCUACGUCUGCGGCGUCUCCCUGCCAGCGUCGCCCCAGUGGAAGAAGAUCAUUGAGGAGGUGGCCGACAAGAUCAGGUCGAAGGACAUCCUGACCACUGAUGCUUGCAAACAGUGGGUUGAGGCGAGGAUCUCGACAGGAUUGGGUGCGAAUGAGCCGACGCUGAGGGAGCCUUUCUCUGAGGACAAGAAGCGCUACAACAAGUUCAACUAUCACUUGCGCAACGCUGGCGACGAGUACCAGAACCAAUGUGCUGCCGUUAAGUCCAAGGAGUUCCAGGACCCAGAUGGUUUCGACAGAUUCGUGGAGAUGAUAUUGGCCCUGCCCGCAUCGGAGAGGCACACCGGCCUACCUGAUGACUGCGGCAUCAAGUGGCCUCACAACCAGCAGGUGCGCCGUGUCGUCGAGAUGGAGACGGAGAGGAUGAACUACCCCAAGGAGGACGAGUCCGAGAGCAAGUUCGAAGAUGCGAAGCUGGAGGAAGCCUCGGAGCAGUUCGAGGCUGCCUGGGCCAACAAGGACCUGUCCAAGGCUGUCUUGGGCGGCUCGGCCCAUUGCGCACCGGACGUGUCUUCGUCUUCCCCAGGGAAGAGCGAGGCCCAGGUCAAGAAAGAGAAGGAGGCCCUCCAACACAUCAAGAAAGCGCACAACUCUUGGGACCGCAUCGCGCGAGAGGUAACGGGGUUCCUCGCCAUCAGCGGGGACCACCCGAAUACGAAAGGCUGCAAGGUCGAGAUGGACCUCACGGGUGCCCUCGCAGAUGGCAAAAUCACUGACGCUGAGCUGAUGAAGAUGGAGGUCAAGGCCAUGCACCCGAGCGACGCGCUCACCGACGACGAUUUUUCCAACGCAGCCGCCCUGACCACGAAGAUCCAGGGAGAGAUUAAAGAGUGCAAGCGCCUCAACGACGCACUCAAGUCGUGGUUCAAGGUGUGA